CGCGGCCAUUACGUCCAUGUUGUUGACUAGUUUUACGCCUUCGGGUUGUAAUUUGUUAUAACUAAGAAUGACGGAAAAACGAGGGAUCGUGAAACUUGCUCAUCACGAGCAACAAGACGUAUGUCGAACACGACCUGCUUACAGACAGGGAAAAAAGUUGACAGCUGUAAAGGUUUAUACUAUCAAUAACGAGUCACAGCAUUUGUUAAUAUGUGGAGUGCCAAAGUUACAGUUAACGGAAGAAGUAAAGAAACUUGUGUUUCCUUACGGAGAUGUAAAAAAAAUUAAAAUCGUGUCCGACUAUCCUACGGAAGAAUUUACAGAUGUAUUUCAUGUACAUUUUGCACGAAUACAGAGUGCGAGAAUUGCAAAGCGAUUUAUCGAUGGUAAGAACUUCUUUGGUGGCCUUUUACAUGCAUUUUAUGCACCUGAGCUAGAAUCGGUUUCGGAAACAAGAAAUAAAUUAAUUCAACGCCGCAAAGAUGUUACAUUUAGAAUUAAAUCUCAUAAAGAAGAUCCAACAAAUCCAGAAGUGGACCCCUUCGUUCCGAAAGAACAAUAUCAGCGUAAAAAGAAAACUCCAGCGUUACCUCUAACCGAAGAAAGACUUGCUAAAAAUUACCCAGGUGAAACACUGACCACCAUAUAUAAUGGAAUUCCUCAAAAUAUUGAUCCACGACCAGUAUCUGAACCUAGUUUACCAGAGUCCACUUGUCAUGUGACGGAAAUACAACCAAACCCUGCACAAGAACUUUUGAGAGGACCUUAUCUGUCAAAUGAUGUUCUAUUCAGAUCUGCAGGUGUGAGAGAGUCAAAAAUCAUUUCAAAAGAAUCACCUUUUAACAAAAGGAAAAAUUAUAAGGGACAGUCUGCCAAUAAAACAACUAAAGUCAGAAUUGUUCGACCGCAAAUAAUAGACACAAGGAAUAUUGCAAAAAAAGACAAGUCUGAUAAAACUGUAUUCACUAAUGUCAAACAGGUAGAUAGUGGGAUUAUCAUUAAAUUAUUACCUAAGGAAGGAGAUGAGAAAAAACGGAUCGUCAUCAAAGACUCAAGCACAACCCAAUUGGUUCAAUCAAGUAACGAUCUGAAAAAUUCUAUUGAAUCUGCAAAGUCACAAAUAAGAAGCUUGAUGAUGAAAAAUACAUAAUAUUUAUUUCAGACUUUUUUAUAUUGAAUUGUGUAUAACAAGUAUAUAAUGUUAUUUAUUGUCCAUGAUUAAGAAACAGAUAAGCUAUAGAUGAAAAUACAUUAUAGGUUUAAAAAUUCCAUUAUUAAGUCUAUUUUUUCUAAUCUAAAAUGUACAACCUGAGUUAAUAAAAGUGGUUACAUGUGUUUA